GGCUGGGAGCCGCCAUCUCCAGCACCCACCCCUGCCCUCACGCUGCCCGGCGGAGGAGCUCGCAGAGGCAGCGAUGACAAGCAACACGCAAAAAUGCGACGAAAACAGAAAUAAACGUAAAAAAGAGGUGGAGAAUGAAGCUGCAGAAAAUCCUCAGUUGCCAUGCCUUGAGAAAACAGAUGUGGCUUUUUCUGAGGGCUCACAGUCCCCUUACAAACCUGAACCACUGGAAAAAGUUGUAAAUGAGAUGAACAAAGAAAUUAUGAACUUGUUGUCAAAAUACGCUCAAAUUUUAAGUGAGAGAGCAGCAGUGGAUGCAUCUUAUGUCCAAGAACUUGAUGGAAUCUUAAGAGAAGCGAGGACCAUAGAAAGCCACUUAAAACAGAAAAAGGAGAGUCUGAAACAGAGAUUCACUGUGGUUGCAAGUACUCUACAAAGUUAA